AUGACUUGUGUGGAAGCCAUUGCCCGUGGCCUCAAUAAGCGCAGCGGGUCUAAGCCUGUCCCCGAUAUUCUGGCCGGCACCUUUGGCGAGGGCUCCAGCAAGAACUACAACGAUGUCGACAAUGCCGAAGAAGUCCGCGAUAUCAUCCGUAAGAAUGCAGGCAUGAGGGUUGUAGACAACCACCUGCUGAACAACGUGACCGGCCCUAAGACUGCCAUCAUCUUCCCACCUAUUAUCUACGGCGAGGGCCGAGGUGUCACCAAGCAGCGAAGUGUACAGAUACCCGAGCUUUCACGGGUCGCGAUUGAGACGCGGCAAGUCGUUCAGGUGGGCAAGGGAGAGAGCACAUGGAGCAACAUUCACAUUGCCGAUCUCAGUGAUUUGUUUGUCAAGCUGGUUGAGAAGGCCGUCCAGGGUUCGGAGGAGGCGUUGUGGAAUCAGAACGGACUUUAUUUUAUGGGAAACAGCAUGCUGUCCUUCGGCAAGAUCUCACAACUCGUCGCGGAGGCCACGCACGAUCUUGGCUUGACUGACACAGAGACUGUCAAGAGUCUCAGUGCUGACGAGGCGGACAAGUUGUGGGCGCCUGCCAGAAUAUUCUGGGGCACCAACGCACGCAUGGAAGGCCAACGAGCCUCGCGCCUGUUGGGAUGGUCUCCACAGAAACACUCAGUCGAGCAGGAGAUUCCGACAACCGUCAAGGUGGAGGCGACUCGACUAGGCAAGUUGUGA